UAUCGCAAGAUAAUUGCACGGUGUGUAACGAUUGCGCUAGUCAGCAAGUCUAAUACGUACAGAUCAGACAAAGGAGGUUGUUUCUGAAAUUUCUAAGCCAAGAGUUCCCAGCGAAGGUCACGUAAAGGGUCCAUGUCCAAAGGUGGGUGGGUGUGUCGGAUAGUGACCUUCUUACACAAUGAACGAGAGGCUAACAUCAUCAACGGAUAUGAUUUGAAGGGAUCAGCGGGGGCGCGGUCGGAGAUCCUAGAAGAUGUAUAUAAAGUCUGCUGAAGUCGAUUGUAGGCACAUUCAAGCAAUCGCCGGUCUGCACGAUGAAGACCCUCUUCAUUUCGUUUGCCCUGUGCGCCAUUGUUGCUGCGUCGCCUUUGAGCGGUCACGGAUAUUACGGUGGCCACGGAGGUUACGGUGCUCCCGGAGCUUAUGGAGCUUACGGAGGUCUAGGCUACGGCGCACAUGGAGUAGCUGUUACUGGACCAAUCCUUGGAGCGGCGAGUGUCACCGGUCCACAUGUGGGUGCCACUGCAGUUUCUGCUCCAGCGAUAGGGCCUGCUCGUUUGUCCGGAUCGAUGGCUGGUCCCGCUCACGUGUCGGGCGCCGUUGCUGGACCAGCUGUUGUGACUGCAUCGGUCGCUGGUCCAGCGCAUGUAGAAGGCUAUGGUGGUCCAUACGACGGUGCCUAUGGUGGCUUUGGAGAUGGUGCCUAUGGUGGAUAUGGAGGUGCCUAUAGUGGUAAUUAUGUCGGAGGUUACGGAUAUGCGGCUAGUCCUGCUGCUUAUGGUGGUUACGCAGGAUAUGCUGGCGGUCACGGAGGGCAUGGGGUAGUCGUUGCUGGACCAGCUACUCAUGGCGCGGUUCUAGCUGGACCUCAUUCCGGAAGCGCAGCUGUUUCUGGACCGCAUGCCGGUUCGGUGGUGAUUGCCGGUCCUUCCGGAAAGAUUACGGCCCACGGAAGCGGUUACGGUGCCGCCAUCCAGGCCGGUCACGGCCACGGCCACUGGUAACGCGCGCACAACCAUCUACAAUAACAUAAAAGAAAAGAAUCUCUCUGAAUUAUCAUCGAAAAAAAAAUAGAAUACCGUUUCCAACUCCUCCCUGGUUUUCUAAAAGAGAUCGAAGAAUUAUGGGGGGUAUAAAAUUGCUGCAACACGAUGACGUUCGUCGUGCUCGAUGCUCUCGGUUUAUAGCGUGCGUAUGGGUACUUACAUCUCUUUUCUGUACGAAUAAAAUCCUCUUCUUUACAAAAGAAGAUAUUCAUGUAAUAUAAAAUAACCUAGAGAGUGUAUUUAUAUAUAUGUAUACAUAUAAUGUAUUGCCUCGUGUAUCUCAUAAAUUUUGAUCUCUCACAUCUAUCAAAAAUUUACAUACUGUACAUUAUACGUGACGUACUGUUUUUGUAUUGUAUAUUCUUAAACGUAAUUAUUUGAUUAACAUUCUUAAAGAAAUUAUUAAAUCGGAUUGUACGAUUAUGAGAGUCAUUGUUUCAAUUAAUAUCUAAGAAAUUCUUCGGAAAAUCGUGUAGAAACUUUGUAUUAAAUUACUAAGAUUAAAACUAAAAAGCCAGGCCAAUUAUCUUACACAAAUUACCACGGCAAUUUGAUUAACUAAUCUAACCUUCUCUUCUAUCAGCAAAGCUGCAAUUAUUCAUGACGAAAGCAAUAAGUGAUACGGCACGAUUAUAUUUGACUUUAAGUCUUGAAUAGUUGUUUGCUAUUUAAGCAAACCAUUACUGUUUCAAUUUUUCCAUUUAUCAUGAAAAUAAAUAGUGCAUUGCAAGUUG